CCUGUUUGGCUGGGAAGAUGGCGUCCCGCAAGGAAGGUACUGGCUCUCCUGCCUCCUCUUCCACUACAGCCACCGGCGCAGCCGGGAAAGGCAAAGGCAAAGGCGGCUCCGGAGACUGGGCUGUGAAGCAAGUACAAAUCGAUGGCCUGGUUAUAUUAAAAAUAAUCAAACAUUAUCAAGAAGAAGGACAAGCAACUGAAGUUGUCCAAGGAGUGCUUUUGGGCCUGGUUGUAGAAGAUCGGCUUGAAAUUACCGACGGCGGGGACCGGCUAUCCGAGGCCAACCGAGGCUCCGAGGCCAACCGAGGCUCCGCGGCACUGCCGUAUCGUUCCGCCUGGGCGGGAUUCUGA